AUGUGGAAUUAUAUUACAAGUGGAUUGAUAUUAUGGUCUAUAGUUAGUACAAAAGCUCAAGUUCAUGGACCAUCGGAUUUGCCCAGGGAUUCGUUUGAUCAAGACUUGUAUGAAUCCGUGCUGGAUCCUGAAUUAUGUCGACAAGAAGUUUUGUACAUGAUUAUGGAUAAACAAUUGUUGUUGUUGGAAUUCCUGGACGCCGGGCCCCGUAUCCCGACCGGUAUCUUCGAAGGCAGUACCAAUCACUUGGGCAAUUACUUCCAAUGUCUAUCAAUAAGAGAAGAAUCUCUGGACCCGCCCAUACAGGGCAAAUACUGUUCAUUGAAAGUGCCUUUGAAUCAAUCCUUAGAAUUUCCCCCUGGUACACAAUUUGGUAAUGUCAAUGGAAGGCAGGUUAUGGCAGAUGAAAUACGUAAAAGGGGAAAGGAUCCAGAAGUUAUAUUGAAAGCUUUAGAGAAGAGUGGAGAAAAUGGACCAACUGGGUUACUAGAAUUCCUAGACGCUAUAUCUUAUAGAUAUGGUAUAUGCAUACCCCAAACAUGUUCAACCGAGGAAUGGGUAGCAAGUGCCAUGAGAAAUGUUGGCUUUGAAUUUGAAGAGGUGUACUGUCGUCUACCAAAUGAUAAACCUUGGGUUGCAGCGGACUGGGUCGCUACAGCUAUCUUCUCAAUACUUGCUGUGAUUACAAUAUUGAGUACAAGCUAUGAUCUCCACUGUACGUUUACACUAAAAAAAGAUCCAAAGCAAAUGAACCCAAACUUCAAAAUAUUCUCCGUGUACACAAACGCUCGUCGACUCACCACAUUUACUAAAAGCAGCGAUGCUCUAGAGUGCCUGGAUGGUAUACGAUCGAUAUCCAUGAUGUGGGUCAUCAUUGGCCAUACGUUUUCCAUGUAUAACCACUUCACGAACCUUCUAGAUGUUUUAGAUUUCCUCAUUUCGAAGCCAGCAACUUUGAUUCAAACUGGUGUCUUCGCAGUUGAUACAUUUUUCACUAUGUCGGGCAUUCUUCUUGUAUACACUUCAGUUGGAAAAAUGACUUCAAGAUCAUUCCUCCGAGGUCUACACGCGUUCUAUUUGAACCGUAUCUUCCGCCUCUUCCCACUUUUGGCGGCAAUCGUGCUUCUAGAAGCUUCGUUCUUCCAUAGAAUAGCAGAUGGACCGUAUUGGCUGACUGUGGCUAGAAAUACAGAGAGAUGCAGGACUUGGUGGUGGUCGACACUGCUAUAUGUACAGAAUUAUGUGAAUCCUGAUGAUAUUUGCAUUGCCCACUCAUGGUACUUGGCGAUAGACAUGCAAAUACAUAUUAUAUCACCACUUAUAUUAUACUGGGUUUUGUCUGGCAAAAAGAAGGUUGCAUGGACAGCUCUGUUUGGGGGUAUUUUGACUAUCUUGGCGGCGUCCACGAUAUUUAACUUCUUCAAGGAUAUGCCUUCAACUAAUGCCAGUAUUGUUCGUUUAGAUGAACAAAGCUAUUACAUGAACAAUUUCUACCAAAAUACUCUAACAAGAGCUUCCCCGUUCUUCUUUGGUAUGGCACUUGGAUAUUUGCUGACUAUUACAAAGGGAAAGAAAAUAAAAAUUAACUGGGUGAUCGUCAUUGUAAUGUGGAUCCUAUCUGUAGCGAUGUUCGGUGUAAUUUUCUACUUAACGUAUAAGAUAAUGCAACUGGACUGGGAUGACCAAAUGGUUGACAACUUUUACAACUCUUUCGGAAGACCGAUUUGGGCUUUAGCGCUGUCGUGGGUUAUUUUCGCUUGCAUUCAUGGAUAUGGAGGUCCCGUAAACUGGUUGCUCUCGCAUCAAAUGUGGAAGCUGCCCAGCCGCAUCUCCUACGCCAUGUACCUGUACCACUACUCCUUCAUGUUCAUAGCUGCGGGAAUGCAAUUAUCACCGAUAUAUUUCAGCCCAGCACAAUCGAUAUUUGACUUCAUCGGCCACUUCACACUGACCUUCGUGGUAUCUUUCUGCGUGACUGUGCUCAUCGAUGCUCCAUUUUCAACUGUCACAAAACUCAUCAUGGGAGGAGGACCUAAGAAGAAAAGGCCUCCUUCACCAGAGGUCAAACCCACAGCUGAAGUCCAAAUUGAAAAUGGAGCAGAAGCAGACACCACAGAAAAAAAAACUACGCGAAUAUAAAAUGUACAGAUUAAAAAAUUACUAGGU